AUGGACGUUGAUUCCUCGAUGGUGCCGGAGACCGAUCACGAUCCGGUGGUGCAGAACCAUGCCGAAAGAGACCAGUUAGGAGAGUCGCAGACUCCGACUCCGCCGCCGUUGUCGACGGGAGGGGGAUCUCCGGCUCAGUCACCAUCGCAACAGCAGCAGCCGGCGACGGCGGCUCAGGUGCAGCAUAGUCCGGUGGUUGGUCCGAGGCUCGCGCCGACUUACUCAGUGGUGAAUGCAAUUUUGGAGAAGAAGGAGGACGGGCCAGGACCGCGGUGCGGCCACACGUUGACGGCUGUGGCGGCCGUCGGAGAGGAGGGGACGUCGGGGUACAUUGGUCCAAGGCUGAUUUUGUUCGGUGGUGCCACUGCGCUUGAAGGGAAUUCCGCGGCGUCAGGGACUCCUUCAUCCGCUGGAAAUGCUGGCAUACGUAUGUAUUUUAUUCCCUUUUCGUCUUUUCGUGAAGGCAAUAACACGAAGGCUUCGAUUGCGUUGUUGAUUAAGUUACAUCUUCACCAAUUGCUGGAUUGGGGCAAUGAACCCCAUUCCUUUUCUGUGGAUUAUGGAAUAUUGUCGUUGUCUGAAGCUAUGAAGCUCAGAUACAUGAAAAAACGUGCUUCUCUUGCUGUUGUAUGUUUAGCUGGAGCCACCGCUGAUGUCCACUGUUAUGAUGUCAUAACUAAUAAAUGGUCUAGGAUAACUCCUAUAGGUGAGCCUCCAACCCCUAGGGCUGCACAUGUGGCAACUGCUGUGGGAACAAUGGUAGUUAUUCAGGGUGGCAUUGGUCCUGCUGGUUUGUCUGCAGAGGAUCUUCAUGUUCUUGAUCUCACUCAGCAACGACCACGAUGGCAUAGAGUUGGUGUUCCUGGCCCUGGACCAGGGCCACGCUAUGGACAUGUUAUGGCUUUGGUGGGGCAGAGGUAUCUAAUGGCUAUUGGAGGCAAUGAUGGAAAGAGACCUUUGGCUGAUGUAUGGGCUUUAGACACAGCUGCCAAGCCUUAUGAAUGGCGCAAGUUGGAGCCAGAAGGAGAGGGUCCACCUCCAUGCAUGUAUGCAACUGCCAGUGCACGUUCUGAUGGGCUUCUUCUGCUAUGUGGAGGGAGGGAUGCCAAUAGUGUUUUUGUCAUUGAUAUCACUCUUAUUUCCAUUUUUGCCCUUGGGGCUUGCCUAUAUGGUGGCCCAUCCACUUUUCUUAAGCUACUAAGAGAAGUAAACUGGGGCAAGGAUGAGCCAUUGGCUAGUGCAUAUGGACUUGCCAAGCAUCGAGAUGGUCGUUGGGAAUGGGCCAUUGCUCCUGGUGUCUCACCAUCUCCGAGAUAUCAACAUGCAGCAGUAUUUGUUAAUGCAAGGCUCCAUGUGUCUGGUGGGGCCCUUGGAGGAGGACGGAUGGUUGAAGAUUCGUCGAGUGUUGCAGUGUUGGACACUGCUGCUGGUGUUUGGUGUGAUACAAAAUCUGUUGUUACCAGUCCAAGAACUGGAAGAUACAGUGCUGAUGCAGCUGGUGGAGAUGCCUCAGUUGAGUUGACUAGGCGGUGUAGGCAUGCUGCUGCUGCUAUUGGUGACUUAAUUUUCAUUUAUGGUGGUUUACGUGGCGGGGUCUUGCUGGACGAUUUACUUGUUGCUGAAGAUCUUGCUGCUGCUGAAACAACAGCUGCUGCUUCACAUGCAGCAGCAGCAGCUGCAUCUAAUGUUCAAGCUGGACGAUUACCUGGACGUUAUGGUGGAUUUGUUGAUGAUAGGACGAGGCAAACCAUGACUGAAGCAGCUCCUGAUGGUGCAGUUGUUUUGGGAAAUCCAGUUGCGCCCCCUGUAAAUGGGGACAUAUAUACUGAUAUCAGCACUGAAAAUGCCUUGCUCCCAGGAUCUAGGCGAACAAGCAAAGGAGUUGAGUAUCUAGUUGAAGCAUCAGCUGCUGAAGCUGAAGCUAUUAGUGCCACACUGGCUGCCGCCAAAGCACGGCAAGUAAAUGGGGAAGUUGAAUUGCCUGACCGAGAUCGUGGGGCUGAGGCAACACCUAGUGGGAAACAAAUAUCUUCCUUGAUUAAGCCUGAUUCUUCUGCGUCAAAUAGCAUUCCUCCUGGUGGAGUGAGGCUGCAUCACAGAGCUGUUGUUGUUGCUGCAGAGACUGGUGGAGCAUUGGGUGGCAUGGUUAGACAGCUUUCAAUUGAUCAGUUUGAGAAUGAAGGCAGGCGGGUCAGUUAUGGGACUCCUGAAAGUGCAACAGCUGCUAGGAAAUUAUUAGACCGGCAGAUGUCUAUCAAUAGUGUCCCAAAGAAGGUUGUAGCUCACCUCUUAAAGCCACGUGGCUGGAAACCACCAGUUCGGCGACAGUUUUUCUUGGACUGCAAUGAAAUUGCAGAUCUUUGUGAUAGUGCAGAACGAAUAUUUUCAAGUGAACCGAGUGUUUUACAGCUUAGGGCUCCAAUUAAAAUAUUUGGUGAUUUACAUGGGCAAUUUGGAGAUCUCAUGCGCCUCUUUGAUGAGUAUGGUGCACCGUCAACUGCUGGUGACAUAGCAUACAUCGACUAUCUAUUCCUCGGAGAUUAUGUUGAUAGGGGUCAACACAGCCUGGAAACUAUUAGCCUUCUGCUUGCUCUGAAGGUUGAGUAUCCAAACAAUGUACAUUUAAUACGUGGAAACCAUGAAGCUGCAGACAUUAAUGCCCUUUUUGGUUUCCGAAUAGAGUGCAUUGAGAGGAUGGGUGAGAGAGAUGGAAUUUGGGCAUGGCACCGAAUAAACCGUCUGUUUAAUUGGCUCCCUCUGGCAGCUCUGAUAGAGAAAAAAAUUAUUUGCAUGCAUGGGGGUAUUGGUCGUUCAAUAAACCAUGUGGAACAAAUUGAGAAUAUUCAGCGCCCAAUUACAAUGGAAGCAGGAUCAAUUGUGCUCAUGGAUCUAUUGUGGUCUGACCCUACAGAGAAUGACAGUGUGGAAGGGCUGCGGCCAAAUGCUAGGGGUCCAGGAUUAGUUACAUUUGGGCCUGAUCGGGUCAUGGAAUUUUGCAACAACAAUGAUCUUCAGCUGAUUGUUCGUGCACAUGAAUGUGUGAUGGAUGGCUUUGAGCGAUUUGCCCAGGGACAUUUGAUCACACUUUUCUCUGCGACAAACUACUGUGGUACCGCAAAUAAUGCUGGGGCGAUUUUAGUUUUGGGUAGAGAUCUUGUUGUGGUUCCUAAAUUGAUUCAUCCAUUACCACCAGCAAUUUCUUCCCCAGAAACUUCACCUGAGCGACAUAUUGAGGACACAUGGAUGCAGGAGUUAAAUGCCAACAGACCACCAACGCCAACUAGAGGCCGUCCUCAAGUAACAAAUGACAGAGGUUCUCUUGCUUGGAUAUAG